GGAAACUGUAUUGAUUUGGAUCUUGGAACUGGAAGUGGUAAAAUCCCAGAUAACAAUAUAACCGCCUCCUCUGGGGUAUCCGAAGCCAAGAAUGGACGUUUGAACGAAAUGAAAGCAUGGUGUGCGUCUUCAGGAGAUGCUAAACCUUAUUUACAAAUAGACCUGGAAACCAUCCAUAUUGUCUGUGCUGUGUCAACACAAGGAAAUCCAAAUGCAGAUCAGUGGAUAGAGACCUACACAAUCCAGAUAUCAACGGAUGGAACAACCUGGAAAGAUUAUAAGGAGCUUGAUCAAAAUAAGGUAAGUUUCUGCAUUCCUUCCGCUUGAUCUAUGCCAACUCUUGUAUAAAAAACAAUAACAACCACAAACCAAACCAAAUAGAGUGAUUUUCGUAUGACCUUGAAAUGAAAACGCGCGAACAAAACAGAAACAACAAACAAACGGAAAUAGAGCCAUUUGAUUGGUUUAUAGGACGGACAUAAAUGUACGUGGCUUUUGGUUGGUUAAGCGAACGCUCGGUUGAAAAAACGUCAUGCCCGAGAACUUUCUAGAAAGUAAUCGAUAAUUAGCUUUGACGUCAUACUGCAACACGAUUGGCCAAUCGAACAAUUAGGGUUUUCUUUGGUGGGGAAUAGAAGAGUCCAUGUUUUGAUCAUUUCAUCCAUUGGCUGAUAAAACAAAUAACAAAAACUUAGCGAAACCAUUUUUCAAGGUCAUACGAAAAUCGCUCUAACAACAAAAACCAAACCAAACCAAAACAAGAAAAAGCCAAAAUAACAAAGAAGUAGCCGGCGUAUCAAGAGUUUUCCAUUAGGUUUUUUUCCUACGACUAAUUAACUAGCGAGGAAACGCCUUCGAGCCAUCUUAAUACCUUAUCACUUAAAUUGCAUAUGAAACGAAAUUUUCUCAAACUGAUUUUGGUCCGUCCAUAGAUAAGUAUCAUUAACUAUUGUUAACUUAAAAAAAAAAUGUCUUCUUAAAAGGUUCUUGAAUUUUGACCAUCCAGAAAACUUCUUUUCCCCCUUCAGAAAUGUCCCAAAGACUGAGAACAAACUGCCGGCUUCCAAUUCUUGUCAUUGCUUUGUGUUCUGUGCGGAGUUAAGCGAUGUAACUGACUGUAACGAAGUCAUGGGGAAGUAAAUGAAGAUUCUGAAGAUUAUUGGAGCGUUUCCGACAAUGCAAAAUCCUUUGUGUUUGCCUCCAUCUUGUUAAUUAUUUUAUAUUCCUGCACUGAGAAUCAUUGUACGUCACACUUGUCAACUGGUCGCGCGGUAGGGUGCGGACAUUCUUGAAGGCAAAAUUGCGUGCUUUGGGGACGAAAGCUUAGAUUUUGCUUGAUCAUUGACCUGUAAAUUUCGGUUACAUAUUUUACACAUAUUGUAGAACUUAAGGACAAAAAGAAAAUUUGAGUCACAAACACUUAAACUGAAAGCUUCUGACUUUUUCAAAACGAGGAACUCUUUAGAAAUGUAAAUGAAAAGUGUUUAUCUGUAACGUUCUAUUGCCUUAGUCAUGAAAAAACUCGAUUAGAAUAACUAGUUAACCCUUUAACCUAAUGACAAUAAAAACGAUGUUGAUUGCAGUAAUAAUGACAAUGACAUGAGUAAUGGAAAGGACAAUGAUAAAAGCACUAUCUGUAAAACUGACAAUUUCAAACUUCCCUGAUUGUUGACGAAAUCCCUAUGGAAAAUAGCCAUGUUGUUCUUAUAAAAACCCUGGGUAAAUGUAUGUGCGUACAAGCCAUUUUCUCUGUUUUGAAAUGUAAUAGAUUGACUGUAUCUAUUUUGACAGUUUAAUAUGGCUGACCUGUUGUAUUGUGAUUAGACUUUCACAGGUAAUAAAGACAGAAAUACAGAGAUUAAAAACAUCCUCUCUGAGGGUGUUUUAGCAAAAACGCUGAGAUUCGUUGGCCAAACAAGUCACAACAGGUUCUGUCUGAGAACAGAAAUAUACGGAGUAAAACUAAAGCCAGGUAAACGAUUUGUGCUUAUAAUUACCCCGGGGGAAGGGAUACUCCUCGGAGUUCUUGGUGAUUUGUGCCUCCCGGCUUUUCCAGUAGGCCCGGAUUCUAUUUCAGAUCAGAAAGGGAAAAAGUUCGACUUCCGGUUGCACUGACGUGCGUCGUUCAAAAAUGCGGAAAUGUCGUGAUGAAAUACAAUCGUAAAUGGUUGGAAAUUCGAAAACUUCCGGAAAAUCCGACGAGAGAUCUCAGCAUUGUCCCCAGAGUCUUCUCAUUGGAAAACGAGAAGACCCUGGGGUUGAGGGAGAGAUCUCGGUUCCAGACCUCAUGCUGACCGCAAAUUUUAAAAUGGCCGCCAAAGAGAAUACAUGAAGUAAGUUAUUCAGAACUCCCUGUGUUAUUUUCGCUUCUACGCGACCUUCGAAAUUGAGGCCGCUUGGAAGUCGAAUGAUAAAAAGAGAGCUAGAUGUUGGCGUGUAGAGUGGUUUGAUUGAGGCCAGGGAAUCAUUGGUACUACCGAAAGAAUAGAGGGCCCAGUUGUUCGAAGGCCGAUUAGCGCUUAACCCGGAUUUCAUUUUCUUGUGUUCAAAGUAAUCUUCUCGGAUAAUUUUCUCUGUUAUUUUUAGAGGUUCCAAUCAUUAACUUGUUGACCAAAAAAAUUAAAAAUGAAAUGCUUUUUAAGCUUUCAAAUGUAAAUGCAAAUCUCGUAAUAUAUAGAUUUAGCCAGGGCUAAAAGCGAAGCUCUCAUUAAUAAAUUUAUAUUUUAAAUCAAACAAUAAACUUUUAAUCCACAAAUCAGUUAACUUAAGAGCACAUUCAUGUGACUUUUGAGGGAAAGGAUAAGUUAUUUUAGAGUGAAACAUCUUACAUCGAGUUCAUAGCCUAAAUAUAUGUACACCCAAAAAAUAGCAAACAUCUUCUAUCACAUUCAAGAGCCAUAAUGGCUCUUGAUCACAGUAGAUUAGGCCUCGAAAACAAAUUCUUGGAAAACAAAUCAGGCCGUAUUUUUUUGCGUUCGACAGGUUUACUUUACAAAUCCUUGCCAACAAGUCUGAGGGUGUGUAAACCAACCUUUUAUACUUUUUAUACAUCACAUCUGAGGUGAAACAGUACUUUUUAUCAUACAGACCUCGGACAGAAUACGGCAUUUCACAAUUUUUCAAUGUCCAGGACGAUCAAUCGUGGGCUUUUAGCGAAACCGUUCAAAAAAUUUCCAAAAUCACUCAUACGGCCAGCCGGUUCUCAUUUUUAGUGCGAGCUGUCAGUGUGGUUGAGUGUUUGAAUGAACUUCAACAUAAUAACGAAUUUAUUAUUAUUACUUUUUGUUAUUUAAUGGUUCCAGUUAUAACGAUGUGUAAUCUUAUAAAACGUUUGAUACGCGCGACAUUAAGUACUCCUGCAAGCGAUGUUCAUGAACGAUGAAAACAAACACCACGGACAAGAGAAUAAAAUUGCAAGAGAGACUACUAACAAUCAAUAAAAGAAAUAUAAUUCGGUAAAGCAUUUACAGAGACAACAAUUUUCAUUCACGAAGACAAGUAUUAAAGUGUCUUUAAAAAUCCGGAGUCUUUAAGCUCAAAGCUUAAGGUUAAGUUUAUUUUGUUUUACUUUCAGCCGGCCUCCCGGUGUUUGUUUUUUUUUCAAAGAUGAACUCCUCGAAGCAAGAAAAUCACUCAAAGUUUUCUUUCUACAGCCAAAUUUAUAACUAAAUAUUCUUCGGAACGUUUUUUUUCUAUUUGCCGUGAAAAAAAAAAUCUGAAGGCCUUUUAAAGGGGUGUAUGUAAAUGGCGGAACCUGCCCGGAACCGCCCGGAACCCCCGGAACCGCCCGGAACCAACCGGAACCCCCCGGAACCUGCCCGGAACCUACCCGGAACCUUGAAAAAAGCGCAAAUGAUAAAAUUAAAAAAAAAACAAAUAACAAAAAAUAAUACAAAUCAAAUAAAAAUAAUGAAAAUGAAAUAAAUAUACUAAAUAUAGGUAGCUUCCACCUUAAAAAUAGUCUGAAAGCUACAAUUUUUAUUAUUUUAUUUCGUUUUAAUUAUUUUAAUUUGAUUUGUAUUAUUUUUAUUGUUUAUUUGAUUCCCGUCAUCUUGUUAAAUCAGCCUAAUACUUGAACAGGUCGGCACGUGACUAACGGAAUGCCAAAGACCAAAGUACAAAGUAUUGUUUUACGACUCGAAACCACGUGCGCUGCGCUGUGGAAGUCAGCGAGAGAGCGUGGACAGUUUUUUCAAGUACGACCAUGAAUGAAGGGAAAGCCGAGACGAUCACCAUAGAAGAUGAAUCACAGUCUGAAGAUGACAAUAGUGAAGAACUAUAUCAGCCGGUUUUUAUGAGAACCGAGGAAACGUGUCCUUUUGCCAGGUAACAUUUCCUUCGUACAAACAGAAAUUUGACUGUUUACUGAGUUGCGUAAGCAAAAGCUGAUAUCUGCCGACAAAUUUACGCGGUUUUGUUUUAUUUCAACAGUGCUGUAAAAACUGAAGGGAACGGUCAUAACGAAGUAAUCGAAAUCCUUUCCUCGCCGGAGAGAAGUCCGGAAAAGAAAAGGUAAGCGCAGGUUCACUUUUCGUGGAGGCAUAGCGGGCUCCAUUAAAGAAACAACCCGUGCUAAACCACAGCUUUUGCUUACGCAACUCAGUAAACAGUCAAAUUUCUGUUUGUACGAAGGAAAUGUUACCUGGCAAAAGGACACGUUUCCUCGGUUCUCAUAAAAACCGGCUGAUAUAGCUCUUCACUAUUGUCAUCUUCAGACUGUGAUUCAUCUUCUAUGGUGAUCGUCUCGGCUUUCCCUUCAUUCAUGGUCGUACUUGAAAAAACUGUCCACGCUCUCUCGCUGACUUCCACAGCGCAGCGCACGUGGUUUCGAGUCGUAAAACAAUACUUUGUACUUUGGUCUUUGGCAUUCCGUUAGUCACGUGCCGACCUGUUCAAGUAUUAGGCUGAUUUAACAAGAGGACGGGAACCAAAUAAAAAAUAAAAAUAAUACAAAUCAAAUUAAAAUAAUUAAAACGAAAUAAAAUAAUAAAAAUUGUAGCUUUCAGACUAUUUUUAAGGUGGAAGCUACCUAUAUUUAGUAUAUUUAUUUCAUUUUCAUUAUUUUUAUUUGAUUUGUAUUAUUUUUUGUUAUUUGUUAUUUUUUUUUAAUUUUAUCAUUUGCGCUUUUUUCAAGGUUCCGGGCAGGUUCCGGGGGGUUCCGGUUGGUUCCGGGCGGUUCCGGCGGUUCCGGGCGGUUCCGUGCAGGUUCCGCUAUUUACAUACACCCCUUUUAAAGUUCUGUAAGCUUAUAUCAAACCUGAUACUAGAUCAGAUCAUUGACUCAAAUCUUAACAAACGUGCGCAAACUUGCCGCAUAAACUGUGCUCGACUUCAUGAAAUUAGAUAUAACAAAAAUAAACAUCAAAUACAAUAAUUACUCAGGCUUACCAUUCGAGAUUCAGUUCCUGAAAGAUAUCAAGGAAGGCCAUAGUUGCUUGAGACUUUUAAACCCUCUUACGCAUUGAGCAAGGUGAAAGACGAAAACGAUGCCAUCCGAAAUCGGAUUACCCAAUUUUGACAAGCGACGCAUUUCUCAACCAAAAACCCAAUAAACAAACCAGCCAUGGAUAACAGAAGACUCUUGGUAGCAGCUGUAUUUCAUUUUGUACAUCCAGUGGAAAAAGACAGUUAAAAACAUCACAAGUUGACACAAAACCCUGUCAGCUUUAGAUGUGAAAGUAAACAACUUUCAAGAUGCUGCAUAAAUUUUCCGCAUGAACUCACCUGUCAAAUUUUGACCAAUCAGAGUACAAAAAUUGGACGUAGAGCGUGACCAACGCGUGACCAUGGUAAGAAAAGGUCUUCCCCGCCUUUAUUUUUAAAAAAGUGGCUGAAUUUUCGCGUCCGAGGUCAGUUUGAAAUCAAAAUCUUGACAGUGCGGGGCCAUAGUGACAUAAACAAAAGAUAUUUCAUAUGAACCAUUGGAAAAAAUAGACUUGAGCCUGCGAUCAUUUGAAACUGGUAAUUUGUCAGCGGAUAACUUCAAAAAAGUACUCGACCUCGAUGGGUCGACACUUGAGCCCGCGGUACGGUCAGGUGACACUGGUCAGCGGAUAACCUGUUUUGACAGCUGUCAAUUGAUCACAACAUUGAUGUGCAAUUAGUUUUCUAUAUGGGCUCCCAAACUAGCUAGAAAGUGGAAGAGAGACCAUUGGUUUCCCUGUGGUGCGGACGGACGGUCGGGCGUACGGUCACGUGAUUACCAAAUUUUCUCGGAUGGGUAGAUUACCACAUUUCCUUAGCUAUGGAGCUCCGUCCACACGCGCGCGCUUCGCGCGCGGGUGGAGCUCCGCUACUAACCGUGGGUUAUCUUAACACAGCUUUUGAACGACUUGGCCCAGGGCUACUCAGGUCCACCUUGUUGAGAGGCUUUGAAGAAUGUUUCAUAUAGCAAUAGACGCUUUUGUUAUUUAAUGAUAUGAUGAUAAGUGGCCCUGUGUCUGGUAGUCUAGAGGUAAAUCUAUUUCCAAAGUGCUGUUUAUCAUCACAGUGGAAUCAUUGUUUCAAUAUCCAUACCUUCUGCCUCUGGAUGAGGACAGAUGGAAUGCUUUAGGGGUAAGUAACAAAAACUGGGGAUUUUUUUAGGGGUAGAGUUAAAAAAAAAAAAAACAAUAUAUGAAAUAAUUCCAUUGUUGGGGGGUGAAGAAAUAAGGACUAUGUACUAACAUUAGGUCAGUAAUUUUUGUUGUCAUUGUUUUGUUUUGUACACAGAACUGUACCAUUGAUUCAUUUUAUUUUUAAUCAACUACUUAUUUGUUUAUUAUUUUAAUUUUCUCUACUUUUAUCUUAUUUUAUUUAUUUUUUCUGCUGUAUUCCUCUUCGUUAUGGAAAAAAAUGCAGCCAAACAAGCAGUAUUAAGAGGUGCAUAAUUGUCAGAAUUACUGUAUAAUAACACAGAAUACGGAUUUCUGAUUGGCUGUAUUCUUUAUGGCUGGGAUAAAAGAUAUUACUAUUCAUCCAGAAUAUGUUGCCAUUUCUGAAUGGUUUUAACCCCUUGGCUAAUCCUUCAUAACCAGCUGGUACAGACCAAAUUUGGACGUUUUACGCAAUACAUGUAUUAUAGUCAUGUUCCAUCGCUAUGAUAAAUGUAUUGCCAGCAAUAGACAAUCGCAACCUUGUUUGCAGGCAGUUAUGCAGCCUACAGUGUAGCUGUUUUAGCAGGAGAGGUCAAGAAAAUGGAGUAAUAGUUCAUAGCUAUCCGAAGGCAAUAUGGCCAAUUUAAGUAAAGGGGAAAAUUGCUUGAGUAUGCAGAAAAAUAUAGUUUGAUGGUUGUCAUUUACUUUUUGAGGAACAUCUACUUAGAAAAAAUACCUACCUCUAUGUUCAAUUUUUAUUUUGUAACAAGAAACAGGGGGAUAUUAUGAAGAUAGUCUAUGAUGAAGUUAGGCUAUACCAGUCACAUCAUUUUAUUCUCAGCCUCAUACAAUAAUAUUAAUAAUUAUAAUGAUAAUAAUUCCUCGAGCGAAGAGAAUUUAUAAUCUCGCCGCGCGCGCAAAACUGGAUGCCCCAUAUUUUUAUCUAUCUUUCUUACUAUUGAAUAUAUGGUUGGUGCCCGCCAACAACGUCAUGUAGCGUUAUGUCAUGGCGCAUUUUUCCAGGCAACAUAGACUUUGCCACCGAUAGCCAGGGCGCAUUUUCAUGUUUUAUUCAUGAAAAGCUGAUGUGUUUAUUCAUCGUCUGUGAAACAGUGUUUACGAUCGGUGAAUCACGAGCAAUUUCCCAUACAAAUGACACACAACAGCAGCACAACAAGUGGCUGCAGUUCCUCGCCGAGUAACAUUUUCCACCGAAAUUUCUCUGGAGCGAGAACACCGACUUGAAAUUCAGUGUGAACAACGAAGGAGAAGCCGUCAACAAGAAUUCGCGGAGCAGAAAGAACAUCGCUUAGCUCAGCGAAGGCAACGCCGACAGCAAGAGACAGAGGAACAGAGGAACAGGAGAUUGGAAUGUCCGAGGCAUAGUGGCUGGAAAUCCUUGCCGCUAUUUUGCCUCAAAUGUACCUUCGAAUUCAUCAUUAAAUACAGCUCCACAAGGUUCAAACUAUGUGAAUGGCAGAGACAAAUAUUUCAACACUAUUAAUUUUAAAUUUCAAACUGUGCAGCGGACGCAUGGCCCAGUGGUAUGAGGCGUAAAGACAGGAACCACCCAGGGGGGUGUAACACGUAGGAUGUGUGGAAGAGCUGCAGAGACCCUCCCACAUGUAUUAUUGGGGUGUUCCGCCUUAGCUCAAUCAAAGUACUUGAACCGACACAAAGCCGCGUUGAAGAUGCUUUUCUUCGAAAAAAUAGAAGUGGAUAGAAGGGUUUCAGUUCUUACUGAUUGGAGGGUCCGGGUUUGAAUCCCCUGGAAGCAAAUUUUUCGUAACCUUAAGGUUACGAUUUUUUUUUUUUUUACCUGAGUAGUGCAUAUAGCUAGCAACAUAAUUCGGUAAAUUGAAAGCAAAGUUUACAGGAAUAUAAAAAAUGCCGUAUGUAUCAUAGCUCAUCUCCCCAGUACCGGUAUUUUUAGAAAUACUAGGAGCCCAUACCUCUCUAGCAUAGCCAAUAUAUGAUCUUACAAACGUGAGAUAUAGUAAUUUCCUAUGGUCUGUCGUGAAUAACAUAACACUAUUGUGGCGCAAAAAUGCGAGCAUCCUAUUGGCUUUUCCUAAGAUAUUGUUAAUGUGAGUGUCCCCUGUGAGCUCCGUGACGUGUUUAAGUGAGUUGUUGUUUAACUUGUAAUCGUAGCGAAAAUUGGUGGCGCUUAGGUGUGACGUUUCGCACCUCACAUUUAGAGGUGUUAAAUUUUAGGUGCCAAUUAUCGGUCCAGCUAUGCAGACUGUCCAGGUCCUUUUGGAGUGACUCAUAAUCUUGUAGACUUUCAAUGACACUGGAACAUUUUGAGUCAUCAGCGGAGAGUGCGAGACGAUUCUGUAUUACCGGCAGAAGGACAGAGGAUACUGCCCUGAGGGACUCCUAAAGGAACUGGAGAACGACUUGAGUGAAACCGUGGACCAAGCAGUGCUGGCCGCGUCCACCUAGAUAGCUCUCGAACUACUACAGGGGUUUCCCGCUAACUCCGUACCGGGAGAGUUUCAGAAGCAGCCUUUGGUAGGAGACACUGUCGAAAGCCUUCGCGAGAUCCAAAUACAUAGGCUCUUAGAGUGCAGGCCGUUAUCUAGAGACUGGCAAAUCUCGUGAUAAAACGCCAGCAGCUGAGUGACAGUUGAUCGACCCUGAAGGAAACCAUGCUGUGUAUUGUGAAACAAAGGACAGAGAGACUCCUCGAAGUGCUUGAAUAUGCAUCGUUCUAAUACUUUGGAUACAACGCACAAUAGAGAGAUGGAUCUGUAGUUAGUUACGUCCUCCUUUUUGCCUUUCUUAUGAACAAGGACGACAAGGGCGUCUUUCCAUUCGGUGGGUAGUUUACCCUUCGCAAGAGAUGAAUUAAAAAGGCCGCAAAGAGAAGGUGUUAGUUCCCUUGCACACGACUUUAGCACGAUUGCAGGAAGACCUCCAGGGCCGGAGCUUUGCUCGGGUUUAAAUUCAAGAGCACCUUAUAGACCUCCAUGAUCUUCACACAGCACCAAGCUCUCAAGGACGGGCAUCCCCUCGUCGAGUGGCGUAAACGCUUCAAGGGGUAUCUCGGGCGCAUGCGUAGACGUAGAAGAGAAAUCUUUGUUGAAAGCUUCUGCCAUCUCCACUCCAGAGGACAUCUGUGGCCCUCCGUACGUAACAUUAGCUGAUAUAGAAUUUGAUUUGGUUUUAUGGCGGAAGUCAUAAAGUCACCAAGAGAAGUGUGAUACUCCUCUAACUUCCUGUUUAUCAAUGCCUUAGAUUCUUUUCUUAAGAUCUUGAACUUUUCAAGGUAAAAAGCGCUGUUGUGCUUCUAGGCGGCACGUCUAGCGGAUUAAUUAAACUUAAAAAUGUAAAAGGACAAUGUAAUGGGCAUUUUGACCCAAGAGGGGAACCCCUCCCUCAUUUGUGCAAUAUUAAUCAAGACCUUUUUUCCAUAUUCUUCCUAAUUUAAUAGAAAACUUUUAGCUCUGCCAUAGUUUUUACUCUUUUUUUUGCCUUCUAGAGAUUUACAAUGUAUUAAAUGUAAUUGUAAAUUUUCAUUUUAUUUUCGAUUUUUUGAUAUAUUGUUAUACCUUUCUUUAAGUAACUGUAAGAGCACACACUACUCAAAUCUGUCUUGCAGGAGGAGUGACCUCACUUUCUUGGGUCGGUACAAAGCACAUUAUAUACAGAUUUUGUUUCAAAGUUCUACAAUAAUUUUCCGCAACCUGUAACAACCUGAUUUGUUGCAAGACAGAUUUGAUUCGUGGGUGGAAAAUCGUAGCCUGAGAAAUAGUACUGAUUUCACAACGCCACCACUCAGUGACUAGUUCCCUGCGAUAUGACGUCGGAGGAACGAGCGCAGAAAUUCCGUGCUGAUGACCUUUCACUCUCCAGAUCUGAGUAGAACUUCUGGUCGGCCGUCUCGCGAGGGAAUUUGCUUCAACCAAUAAGAAGGACUUUCCAGAUCUGGGUGGUGACACGUCACCAGUAUGAAAUUUCUGCGCUGCUUUUUUUAGGCGGUAUUUUGCGGGAAAAACUGAAUGAGUGGUGGCGUUGCGAAAGGUCGGCUGAAUUGUCAGGCCACAAAACAAUUCUCACGUUUCUCUUGUCCGUAUUAUCGUAGCUGAAGUGACUUUAGGACUUUCAUUUUGUUUUAUUAUAUCAGGUAACAGCGCUGAUGCAGUAAACAAUCCUGCUUGCAUUGGAAAUUACAGUUUUAUCGAGUUUAUAGCUUCCGCUGUGUGUCACAGAAAUCCACUAACGUCUGGCCGAUAUCUUGGAAUUAAAAUUACGAGAAGAGAGUUUCUGACGCUUUGCGAGGUGGAAGUGUACUCACGAGGUAACGGUCUGUUUCUUUAAAUUUGCGUCGCUCUUAACCAACUUCCACCUGGUUUUUGGUUCAAUGGACCUUUCCGCAUUUUUUCAACAUUUGACAUGGGCUAGUUAGGGACACCACUGGAAUGAGCGUCUUAAAAUUAGUAAACUCGCCAGUUUUCAGGGUGACACUUCUUUAACUAGCAGCGAAAAGACAGCUCCGCAAAGUUGCGAAAAAUUUGCAGACGUUUUUAUGGUGGGGGACGAGUUUGUUCUCCCCACUAUACAAAGGUCUGUAAUUCUACAACAAAUCACUCUCAAACUUGGCAAUUUUAAUAAUUUAAAGGCGUUCUUUCCUUAACUUGUCCAUGUCAAAAGUCGGAAAAAACAGUGGAAAGGGUCUACUUGAGCAGAAAGAAAUGGGAAUAGAGGAAUAAUGCUUUAUGAAGGUUACUUGGAGCUGUUGGUUAGGCUGGUGUCGCCCCAUGUGAGGUAAACCGAAUCAGUCUUGGAUUCUGGAUUCCACGUUGUGUAUUCCGGAUUCCCAUUUUCAGGAGGAAUCCUGAAUCCCUGAGCUAAAUUCCCAAAUCCAAAGCCCUGGCUGGCGGAUUCCAGAAGGAAAAAUUUCCCGGAUUCCGUAAUCCGGAUAACCUUACUUGUGAGGAUUGGUGGCUCCUCUCUUUCUUUCUUUUGACAUAAUUGUUCCUUGAUAUACAGAGAACUUGUCAUUUUAUUGUUAAUUAAGUAAUCUAUUUAUUAAUUUAUUAAAUUUUAUUUUUGAAUUAGAAUAUAUGAAAUGACAGCCUGAAUAUCAGCCGUCCCUGGCCUCGAGUCAUAUACCCUCCAAAGGGAAGUCUGAAUCAACGAGCCGAUAAUGCCGUCCAGUGACGCCACUACUCCUCUGCUUUAAUUUGUGUAAAAAUUUAACCAAAAUUGGAAACUGGCAAACAAAGACAUAUCACUGAAAAUUAGGUCUACCUGGUAUAGAAUUGUUUUACCCGUCACUCAUUAUUUAUGUUAAACGUUGAAACUGUUUAAGACGGAAUCCAUCAGGAAAUUGAGAACAAAACAAAGAGGGGACAAAAACGUUGUACCAAAAUAUUUUGGAGUUGUAUCGCAUUCUUCUACACAUUUCAAAGGCUAUAAAUGUCAUAAGUUAUAUGAAAUAAUUCUAAAGGGAAGGUUCUUAGGGUGCCUGAGGAAAAAAAAUUAACUGCAAUUUGGAAAACACAGGUAAAAUCGUCAUAAGAUUUUGUUUUUGUGGAAUUUGAAGCUUUUGAAGUUUGUUUUCUCGGGUUCCCGUAAGAAGCUUUUCUUUGGAGUUAUUUCAUAUAACUUAUGACAUUUAUAGCCCUCGAAAAGUGUAAAAAAGAAUGCUAAAUAAUUGAAAUUAUUUUGGUACAAGGUUUUUGUCCACUGAAAAUUAAAAUUUCUCAAUUUCCUAAUGGAUUCCGCCUUAAUAACUACAUGCUUGUAUGACGCCAUAAUUCGAUAAUCAAACUUGAUCGCGACCACGCAAUAUUGAACACACAGAGGACGUCUCUUCCUUCAAUUUGCUUUAAUUCAUUUAAAAGGAGCUUUUAAAUUUGAUCCUUAACGAACAAACAAGAAAGAAGGAGAAAUUAAUAAUUAUACUUGAAAGUUUAA